AUGAGCGACCUAGACAAAGCAAUAGCCCAACUCCGCGCCUGCCGCCCGAUCCCCGAAUCCCAAGUGCGAGAGCUCUGCUACAAAGCGCGCGAGCUGCUGAUCGAAGAAGGCAAUGUCGUCUCCGUCGACGCGCCCGUCACCAUCUGCGGCGACAUCCACGGCCAGUUUCACGACCUGAUGGAGCUCUUCCGCGUGGGCGGUGACGUGCCGGACACGAAUUACCUGUUCAUGGGCGAUUUCGUCGACCGCGGCUUCUACUCGCUCGAAUCCUUCCUGUUGUUGCUUUGCCUGAAGGUGAGGUAUCCCGACCGGAUCACGCUGAUUCGCGGGAAUCAUGAGUCGAGGCAGAUAACGACGGUGUAUGGCUUCUACGAUGAGUGUAUACGGAAAUACGGGAGUGCGAAUGUGUGGCGGUAUUGCUGCGAGGUUUUCGACUACCUGGCUCUGGGGGCUCUAAUCCUCGGCGCAACCACCGAUCUCGCACCAACGUCUUCUGUCAGUCUGGAGGAAUCGACCCAGUCAACUCUGCCAGCCGACGACGAUGACAUCGAAAGCGAAGUCCUCGACUCCCAAGGCCACGUCCAAGCCAAAACCAUCCGCACCCCUCCACUCCGCGACCUCCCCUCAACCAGCACAAGCAAUGGCCACAUCUCCCCAGCUCCAGACCGCGACGCUCUCUCUCCCGCCGCCGAACGACCUCCAUCUUCGUCCCUUCCCAACGCCUCCUCCCCCACCCUCGGCAGCACCCCCCAAGCCAGCACGUCGCAACAAUCAUCCUCCUCAUCCUUCCCCAUCCACCCGCCGUCUUCCACCGGCUCCAUCCUCUGCGUGCACGGCGGCCUCUCCCCGCUGAUCGACACGGUGGACAAAAUCCGCCUCCUGGACCGCAAACAAGAAGUCCCCCACGAAGGCGCCAUGUGCGACCUCCUCUGGUCCGACCCGGACGACAUCGAAGGCUGGGGCCUCUCGCCGCGCGGGGCCGGCUUCCUCUUCGGCUCCGACAUCGUCACGCACUUCAACCGCAAGAACGACCUCAGCCUGAUCGCGCGCGCGCACCAGCUGGUCAUGGAGGGCUACAAGGAGAUGUUCGAGCGGCAGAUCGUGACGGUGUGGAGCGCGCCCAACUACUGCUAUCGCUGUGGCAACGUGGCCGCCAUCCUGGAGAUCGGCGAGGAUGGCGCGAAUGGCGGCGUGGUGGCCAGGAGCAAUGGCGACGUCGGGAGGAGGUACGGGCUGGGUGAGGAACAGGUCCCGCAUAGCAGUCUGCCGCCGCCCGGCAGGAGGUAUCGCGUCUUUGAGGCGGCGCCGCAGGACAGCAGGGGCAUGCCGGCGAAGAAACCGGUCGCGGAGUAUUUCUUGAACGAAAUUAGAAAGACAGCAAGCAAAAUCCUACAUAUGUGCCAUGUAUCAUUCCGCAUUCGCCAUGUAUCAAGCCAGGAACGCGAACGUGGGACCGCAGAUCCCCUGGCCCUCGAGACGUAUUCCGCCAUAAAUACCAACACCUCGAGCUCGAACCCUCCCCCGAGGAUUGUCCCGUCAUGA